AUGGAGGAGGACGUUAUGGACAAACUCGAGGACAUGGCGUCGGUGCGGGACUUCGACCCUCUCACGGGCAGCAUCCCGGCCACCAAGGUGGAGAUCACCGUCUCCUGCAGAAAUCUUCUGGAUAAGGAUACAUUCUCCAAGUCGGACCCAUUAUGCGUGCUGUAUACUCAGGGUAUAGAGACCAAGCAAUGGAGAGAGUUUGGCAGGACUGAAGUCAUCGACAACACCUUGAACCCUGACUUUGUGCGCAAGUUCAUCCUCGAUUACUUCUUUGAAGAGAAGCAGAAUCUGCGGUUCGAUCUUUACGAUGUGGACUCAAAGAGCCCUGACCUGUCAAAGCAUGAUUUCCUUGGCCAGACUUUCUGCACGCUGGGUGAGAUCGUUGGGUCAUCAGGAAGCCGCUUGGAGAAGCCUCUGAUGAUGGGAGCCUUUACAUUACAUUCCAAAACCGGGAAGCCCAUGCCUUCUGUCUCCAAUGGGGGGAUUCCAGGGAAGAAGUGUGGCACCAUCAUCCUGUCAGCUGAGGAACUGGGUAACUGCAGGGAUGUGGCCACAAUGCAGUUCUGUGCCAACAAGCUGGACAAGAAAGAUUUCUUUGGAAAAUCUGAUCCCUUCAUGGUUUUCUACAGAAGCAACGAGGAUGGGACAUUUACCAUCUGUCACAAAACGGAAGUGGUGAAGAACACUCUGAACCCUGUGUGGCAGUCGUUCACGAUCCCUGUGCGCGCCCUGUGCAACGGAGACUACGACAGAACUAUAAAAGUGGAAGUAUAUGACUGGGACCGAGAUGGCAGCCAUGAUUUCAUUGGGGAGUUCACAACGAGCUAUCGAGAACUGGCACGAGGACAAAGCCAGUUUAAUGUCUAUGAGGUGGUAAAUCCCAAAAAGAAAAUGAAGAAAAAGAAAUACAAUAACUCAGGAACAGUGACAUUGCUCUCGUUUGCCACUGAAUCGGAGCACACAUUUCUAGACUACAUCAAAGGAGGGACACAGAUCCAUUUCACAGUGGCCAUUGACUUCACAGCUUCCAAUGGCAACCCUUCUCAGUCUACCUCCCUUCACUAUAUGAAUCCAUACCAGCUCAAUGCCUACGCUAUGGCACUGAAGGCUGUUGGCGAGAUCAUCCAGGACUAUGACAGUAACAAAAUGUUCCCGGCACUUGGAUUUGGAGCCAAGAUUCCACCGGACGGGCACGUGUCCCACGAGUUCCCCUUGAAUGGCAACACUGACAACCCUCAUUGUAGUGGAAUAGAAGGAAUCCUUGAAGCCUAUCACCAGAGCCUCAAGACAGUCCAGCUCUAUGGCCCAACUAACUUUGCACCGGUGGUUAACCAUGUGGCCAGGUAUGCUACAGCGGUGCAAGAUGGCUCCCAGUAUUUCAUUUUGCUCAUCAUCACUGACGGUGUGAUAUCGGACAUGGCCCAGACAAAAGAAGCUAUUGUCAAUGCUGCCAAGCUUCCCAUGUCCAUAAUCAUUGUGGGAGUUGGACAGGCUGAAUUUGAUGCUAUGGUAGAGCUGGAUGGCGAUGACAUCCGAAUCUCAUCUCGUGGGAAGCUUGCUGAACGCGACAUUGUCCAGUUUGUCCCAUUCCGAGAUUACAUUGACCGCACCGGAAACCACGUCCUGAGUAUGGCACGGUUGGCUAAGGAUGUCCUCGCUGAGAUCCCAGACCAAUUCAUCUCCUACAUGAAGGGACGUGGCAUCAAACCCAUCCCAGCACCACCUCCUUACACCCCCACAGGCCACACUCUUCAGACAGAAAUCUGAAGAUCAGGAGAGGAAAAGAGCACUUGAGACAAAAAUGUAGAAGUCACUCUCUUGUGUCAGCUGGCAAUUUUCCAGGGGCAGAUGUCAAGUGAUCACACCACAAAAUGAAAAAUCCACAGUGUACUCUUUCCCCACCCCCAAAAGUCCAUUUUGGGAACUGGUUUCUGCUGUAAUUCUGACACAUGCCAAGAUGUAUCAUUGGUAGGACAUUCCAGCCUUGAAAUACAGCAACCUGAGGAAUAUGUGAGUUUUAUUUUAUUUUUAAAAGGACAAGCCCAGUCACUGACAAGCUUCCUUAUUUCCUUGUUGGGGUGGUCGCCAAGGUGAGAGGAGUCCAGUCUGUCAUGAUGAAGCUUACAUCACUCAUUUUGCACAUGAUAUGUGAGAUGGAGAAACAAUUUCCCCAAAUCUUCCAAGCAUCUCUCCGCCUCCCCCUGCCCAUGCAUCAGGAGUUUCUGAUUAUUGGGGGGGGGGGGUUUCUAGCCCAUGUAGAGUCCAUCUGCUGCCUCAAGUCUUUCCUCUUUGCUUUGUAAUGGCUCAGCUUUUGGAUCGACCUGGCAGGCUGAAUAUAUUGUGGUCAAGUAACAGUGUGAUGUCGUCUCUGGUGCUGCUGGUGUUGCUGCUGUUCCUUGUACUGCAUCCUGUCCUUUGGUUGCUUAAUCCCCCUUAUUCUUUGUAAAGCUACAUUGGGAAAUAUUUGUGCAGGCCUGAAUUAUUUGUUUGUUUGCCUACAUUAAGUCCUGCUUUUUUACUUCUGUAAAGUCCUGGUUUUCUGCAAAUUGCCCUCUAGACUUUGAAACCUGAAAGUCCUAUGCAGGGCAUUACUGAGAUAUUCUGAACAUGGGAGAAGGAAAUAAAAGGUGGGCCUGAUUGACCUUAUCGCAGUUCUGUUUGUCAGCUUGGUGGCAUGACAUCAACAACCCAUCUCCUUAGAUAGGACAGUCUUGAAGUUUAGGCUUCAAACAUAAGUUCAUAGAUGGAUGUGGAAAGUUUGAUUCCCAGGGUUAAGUAGAAAUAUGAGCCAUGCUUGUAGCUCCUUCCACAUGUCCUCUAUUGCACUUUUGUGUGUCCUUCUGUCAUUUUCAGCCUUUGAAAACUCCCUAAAAACUCCAGACUGGCCUCAAUCACAAAACCUUCAUGCAGCACGCAAGCAGGGAUGGGUAACCUGUUCCCCUCCCUCCAGGUGUUUUUGGACUCCCAACUCCCAUGAAUGCCAGCUGGCAUGGCCAAGGGUCAGGGAUGAUGGGAGUUGUAGUCCUGUGACAUCUGGAAGACCACAGAUUCCCAUCCCUGCUGUAAAGCAGUCAGGCAUGCAGUAUCAGCAAUCCCCCAAGUGGUCCCGUCUCCUCUCUGAAAUGCUCCUCUACAGGGCAGUUUGUUUCAAUUUAUGCCCCUGUCCUACCCCAUUGAUUCAGGGUGGCUCAACUUUAAAAGUUCACACAGUUCUCAGCCAAGCAGAUCUUUCAACCCCACCUCUCCUAAAACCAGAAAUUCCAGACAAGUGGCCUUUUCGGAUUCUGCUUCACCCAAAGAGGAUGUCCCCCAUUGCCAGCAUCCAAACAUCCUCCUUAUUAUUCAUUGUCCAUAUUCUUCCCCAACUCUCCCAACCCAGUUCCCUUACCCCUAUCACUAACCAAGCACACUACCUGUGCAUUCCACCCUCUCACGCAUAAUCAACUCCUCCCACAAGAACACUUUCCCAAAUGGCCAUCGAUCAGUUGCCACUCUUGUGGGAUGCUAGUUCAGCAUCUCCCAGAGACAAUGCGUUAAGCACUAGAAGAAAGUUAAGGGAUAGAGGCAUAAACAAUAAGACCGAGGUCUAGUGAGUUCCUGCUGAUAAAUUAACUGCCACAGUUGGAGCUCUGAAGGUGUUGCUUACAUCAACUAAGAAAAAUGUGCUCCUGCCGCCUUUUUUCAAGAUUUGAUCCUUAUUUGGCAAAGCAUUUACCAUGCAUUUAAUGCAUUUGUAAAAAUCCAAACCUUCUUCCCUCAUUUGAACUCUUUGCUUUGGAAAUGUGCUCGGGUGGUUGUUAAUUUUGGACAAGAGCCCACCUCAGGGAGCCAGCGCUCUGUAUCCUUCUGAUUCACUAGCUUUAAGGUCGUUUCUACACCAGCCCAAUAGGCCGGCCUGGUCACAGCCAAGUCCGUGUAUGUCCAUAUGAUGCACAGGAA